AUGAGCGACAAGCCAGUUCUACUGUUCAUCCACGGAGCAUGGCAUCCCCCAAAAUGCUACGACGCCAUAAAAUCAGCCCUCACCAACCUCAACUACCAAUGCAUCACCCCCAAGCUCCCCUCCGUAGGCCCUGAAAGUCACGGCGUAACAUGGGAAGCAGACAAAGCCAAGAUCAUCGAGACAGCAGAACCUUUCUUCUCCAAAGGUCGCGAAGUGGUUCUCAUCGCUCAUUCCUACGGCGGCAUUCCCGCGACUGCCGCGACUGAAGGCCAAGGCACGCAAGAUCGUGCGAAGCGCGGCUUGAAGGGUGGAUUCCACUCGAUUAUUUUCUUAGCUGCGUUUGCUAUCCCGGUCAAAGGCUGGGAUCUCAUCACCACGUUUGGUGGGUCUUAUCCGCCUUGGCUACAGGCCGCUGAGAAGUAUACAAAGCUGGCAGAAUCAAAUUACUAG